CAAGAUCAGAUGUUCAUUAUGCAUAGCAGCCAGUGAUAUCGACGAAGUGCGGUGACUGAUUCAGAACCGGGCGCGAGAUUCUGUGCUCAAAAAUAAUACUGUUACAUCAAUCUGAAUAUAUCUAUGAGGAAUAUAUUAAAAUGUGUAGUAUAAAACGCAAUAUAUUUUUCGUGUAGAAAUACAUGCAUUAGGACGAUAACAUUAUCAACAACUUGUUAACGAGUUAUUUGUAGUAAUAGAAUUUUGAAGUCAAGUCAAGAACUUGAAGAAUGGCUAAUGUAGAAAUAAAUAGACAGGAUGUUUCUGAAAAAUCAAGAUAUUACAGUGCAACUAAAGAACGUCCAAACAAAAUUAUGGAGAAAUUUAAUACCAUUGUAGUUAAAACAUUAAACAAUAAAUUCUAUGAGCCAUCAAUAAAAAAACACGAAAAAGAAGAGUCGAAUCUUGAUAAACGUCAUAAUGUAAAACGUACGAUAAUGACAUUAUUCUUGGGUCUCAUCACGGCUUUAUUGUUGUUUCAUCUUGGUCUUCCAUUAUUAUACGCGAUUAUAAAUCCGUUACGUACUAUAAAUAGUUACAAUGCAGAAGUGGAAUUUAUGAUUGAUAUAAAUAACGAUACCAUUGAGGAGACAAGAUAUCAGCAUAUAUUAGUGGAUACUCCUGAUAUAUACAUCGAACAAGAAACAUAUGAUCGUAAAAUAGUGCCUUUGAAGGAAGAAAAUACAGCAUUUAACAAUGCUCAACAGUGCAGCAACGUUCCUGAAAUAUUACGCUUUGAUUGUCAUCCAGAGGAUGGAGCAUCGCAACUUUCUUGCAUAAAUAGAGGAUGUUGUUGGAAUCCUCGUGAAAAUAACAAAAAUGAAAAGGAUAUAUUGUUAUAUAUUCCUUACUGUUACUAUCCCGAUGGAUGGAAUCUGUAUAAAUAUAUUAACCGCAGUCAGGAUGGAAAUAAUUUCUUGGGUUUUCUCAGUCAAGAAAAAAAAUCUGUGUACAAGAACAAUGUGCCUCUUGUCAAGAUAGAAGCCACAGGCAUAAACAGCUCAAUUCUGCGUGUGAAGAUAUAUGAUCCUUUUAAAAUGCGAUAUGAACCACCAUGGCCAAUCAGAUCGGAUCCGAAGCCAUUUUUAUAUCAAGUUGUUGACACAAAAUAUCAAUUUAAUAGCGAUGAUAUAAAACCUGGUUUUAAAGUCAAUAGAAUCAGUGAUGGCACAACAUUAUUCAAUUCCAUUGGGAUUGGAGGUUUCAUAUUUGCUGACCAGUUUCUACAAAUAAGCUCAUUGUUACCAACAAGUAAUAUUUAUGGCAUUGGCGGGCAUCAAUCGAGCUUAAAAUUAAAUAUUAAUUGGCAAAUAUUCACUCUAUUUAAUAAAGAUCAACCACCAAUGGAAAACGCAAAUCUGUAUGGAUCUCAUCCAUUUUAUAUUAUUAUGGAGGAAUCUGGAAUGGCUCAUGGAGUUUUAUUUUUAAACAGUAAUGCUAUGGAUGUGAUACUACAGCCUACACCGGCUAUAACGUUUAGAACAAUCGGUGGUAUUUUUGAUAUUUACUUUUUCCUGGGACCGACUCCAGCCGAUGUAGUGAAACAAUAUUCUGAAAUUGUAGGCAAACCAUUUAUGCCACCCUAUUGGUCGCUCGGUUUUCAUUUAUGCAGAUAUGGGUAUGAAUCACUAGAAAAUACUAAAGCAGUAUGGAGCAGAACGAGAACAGCUGGAAUCCCAUUUGAUACUCAAUGGAAUGAUCUGGAUUAUAUGGAUAAAAAUAAUGAUUUUACAUAUAAUAAAGAGAAAUUUAAAGAUUUACCUAAGUUUGUAGAAGAAAUUCACUCGGCAGGAAUGCAUUAUAUACCUUUAAUUGAUGCCGGCAUAUCUGCUUCCGAAGAUAACGGUUCUUAUCUGCCUUACGACGAAGGAAUAAAACAAGACAUAUUUAUAAAAGACGGUGAAUCCGACAAACCUUUCAUCGGUAAAGUUUGGAAUCUUUUUUCUACAGUAUGGCCCGAUUUCACAAAUCCUAAAACUAUGAUCUAUUAUACAAAUAUGAUGACCGAUAUGCAUAAUAAUUUUGCGUACGAUGGUACAUGGAUUGAUAUGAACGAACCAUCCAAUUUUUAUAAUGGUAAUAAGAAUGGUUGUACACAUAAUAAUUUAGAUUAUCCCGAAUAUAUUCCCAAUGUUGUUGGCGGUUUACUCGCUACAAAAACUCUUUGCAUGAAUGCGAAACAUUAUUUGGGCACUCAUUAUAAUCUUCACAAUACUUAUGGAAUGAGCCAAGCGAUUACCACAAAUUAUGCUCUUAGGAAAAUUAGAUUAAAGAGACCAUUUAUAAUAUCGCGUUCGACAUGGAUAGGACAUGGUCAUUAUGCGGGUCAUUGGACGGGUGACGUUUAUUCAUCAUGGCAUGAUUUAAAGAUGAGUAUUCCAGCUAUUUUGUCAUUCAAUUUUUAUCAAGUUCCAAUGGUGGGCGCAGAUAUUUGCGGUUUUAAUGGAAACACAACUACUGCAUUGUGCAAUCGUUGGAUGCAACUUGGUGCUUUUUAUCCAUUUUCUCGAAAUCAUAAUUCCGAUAAUACAAUUGAGCAAGAUCCAGUUGCUAUGGGCGAUUUGGUCGUACAAUCAUCAAAAAAUUCUCUCAAAAUACGUUAUCGAUUUUUACCAUAUUUGUACACCUUAUUCUUCAGAGCACAUAAAUUUGGGGAAACCGUGGUACGGCCACUUUUCUUUGAAUUUAUCGAAGAUCGGCGAACUUACGAUAUUGAUAAACAAUUUCUUUGGGGAAAUUCGCUUAUGAUCAAUCCAGUUCUCGAAGAGAACAAAAUUGCGGUAACUGUUUAUGUACCACGUGGUUUGUGGUAUGAUUAUUAUACCUUCAAUUCCUAUUUCUCCAUCGGAAAAUAUUAUACCUUCCCUGCACCGAUUGACAAAAUACCAUUAUUGAUUCGUGCAGGUUCGAUUCUUCCAGCACAAGAUCCGGGUGUAACAACGACAGAAAGCAGAAAAAACAAUUUUGAAUUAAUAGUAACAUUGAAUGAAACUAAAAAUGCUAUAGGAGAAUUGUAUUGGGACGAUGGUGAUAGCUUAGAUUCCAUAAAAAAGAAAGAAUAUUUGUGGCUGUCUUUCAUUGCAAAUCAAUCAAGUUUAUUGAAUAUGGAAAUGGAUAAAAGUUCUUUUAACGAAGAGGUAAUAUUGGGAACAGUACAGAUUUUUGGAUUACGACCAGUCAUCACAGUAUUCCUAAAUAGCAAUGAGAUAGGCUUUUCAUUUAAUCUUUCCACAUCGAGCUUACAUAUUACUGGUUUGCAAGUAGAUAUGAGACAACCAUUUAUAUUUAACUGGAUAUUUGAAGAAUCUAUUUUCAAUAUUAAUUAUACGUAAAUUUUCUAUCGCGGUAUCGAUAAUCGUAAAUGAAGGACGAGCGGAUUAU